AUGGCAACUGAGCGUGUCAAGGCAUCCGUUCUUCAUGGAGAGAAGGACCUCCGUCUUGAAGAGCGUGACCUUCCCAAGCCUUCCAGCAACGAAGUCCAAGUCGCUGUCCAGUCUACCGGCCUAUGCGGCUCCGAUCUUCACUAUUACAACCACUUCCGCAAUGGCGACAUCAUCGUUCGUGAGCCCCUCACUCUCGGUCAUGAGUCUGCUGGUAUAGUCGUAGCUGUUGGUUCAGAAGUCACCCAUCUCAAGGCCGGCGACCAUGUUGCUCUUGAGGUCGGCUUGCCUUGUGAGGCAUGUGAGCUAUGUGGUGAGGGACGUUACAACAUCUGUCGAGGCAUGAAGUUUCGCAGCUCCGCAAAGGCAAACCCUCAUGCUCAAGGAACUCUCCAAGAGCGAAUCAACCACCCUGCUAAGUGGUGUCAUAAGAUGCCCGACCAUGUUACCCUCGAUCUUGGCGCACUCGUCGAACCCCUCUCAGUCGCCAUGCAUGCCCGAGACCGCGCCUCGCUCCCCAAGGGCUCAACCGUUCUCGUUCUCGGCGCCGGCGCCGUCGGACUUCUCGCAGCUGCUGUUGCCAAGGCCGAUCAGGCCAAGACUGUUAUCAUUGCCGAUAUCCUGAAGGACCGUCUUGACUUUGCUACUAGCAACGGUUUCGCCGAUGCUUCUGUGCUCGUCCCCAUGGAGCGCCCACAAGCCAUUGAGGACAAACUUGCCUUUGCUCAGAAGGUCGCUGCUAUGGUCAAGGAGACCCAGGUCAAUGGGGAGGCCGUUGGUGAGGUCACAGCAGUCUACGAAUGCACUGGUGUGGAAACAUGCGUGCAAACUGCAAUCUACGCCACCAAGCCUGGAGGCAAAGUCAUGAUCAUCGGCAUGGGAACUCCCGUUCUUACCAUCCCGAUGUCAGCCGCCGCUCUUCGCGAAGUUGAUAUCGUGGGCGUCUUCCGCUACGCCAACACAUACAAGGAGAUCAUCGAGCUCCUUGCCAACCCUCCUGCAAACAUGCCUGACGUGAGCCGCCUGGUGACCCAGAGAUAUAACGGCAUGGACAAGAUUGAAGAGGCGUUUAAGAUGGCGGGCAAGGUGAGAGAUGAGCAAGGCAAUCUUGUCAUUAAGGUCGUGGUUGAUUUCAACGAAAAAUGA